AGUGAUGUUGAUGAGUACAACGAAACAAAAAAACAUAUAAAAAUCAAACACUUUUCUCAUGUCGACACAAUUUUCAUUCAUUUUCAUAAUUUCAUGACUUCAUGACUAUCACAGAUUGCAAUUUCAAACGUAAAUUAAUCUUUUUGUUUUUGUUUUACGCUGACGUGGGUAUUUUCCGAAAAUCCCACUUUUUUGAAUAUAAAUCAAUCAAUCCAAAAUGCAAAUAUCAAAUUGUUCAUUCGUAUUGUUUAUCGUUGCAUCAUUGCUAUCUGGAAUUGAUUCGAAAAAUUUAUUCAAAAAUUGUCCAUCAAAUAUUGGCCAUAUUGAAUCGAUUAAUGUUACUGGGUGCAAAAAUAACGAUUCCUAUUGUCGAUUGAAAAAAGGUGUUGAUGUUGCAAUGAAUCUAACAUUUAUUUCAGAUCAAGCAACCGAUUCGGUAAAAGUGAAAAUUUUUGGCGAAAUAGCCCGUGUUCAGGUUCCGUUCGUCAUUGAGCCAGAUGAAGCAUGUGGUAAUUAUGGCUUAAAAUGUCCACUAAUUGCUGGUCACACGAACCAAUUUAAUCUAGCAUUGCCGAUAAAAACGAUUUAUCCGUCCAUUCCUGUAACCAUACAGAUUAAUCUGAUGGAAGGAGAUACUAACAAUAAAAUUGUAUGCAUCCGUUUCAAGGCCAGGAUCUCAAAUUGACUGUAAUAUGUGAUAAAAACCAAAACAAAUCAAUCAUCGAUUAUUUUAUGUUUUUGCAAAUGUUCAUCAUUAUAUACCCUAUGAACGUUCUCAUAUUUUCCAAUUAAAAAAAUAAACAUAUAAUGAUGGUUUUA